AUGGAAGGAAUGAUAGAGAAGAUAAAGUUUCACAUAACGGAUCAAUUGCCACCUAUUCAAGCAAUGGUCCACACAGAUUCCCACCGCAUGUUAAUUGCCUACUGUGGUGACAUGCGCCUGUGGCUCUUCAGAGAUCACCAUCAAGCAUUCGCAUAUCUGGGUACAGUGCCCUGUCGAUUCUCUGUCAGCUGCCUCUGCUACCACUCAAGAACUGAGAUACUGCUUUCUGGUACCUUGGGGGCUGUGGUUACCUGGUUUAUAUUACCAAACGGCAGGGGCCUCCAGAUGGCACAAACGGUGCCCAUGCUUGGUCAUGAGCUUGUACAGGGUUUUUCCCUGAAUGGCCCCCAGGGCUCCCUGCUGGCCCUUUGUGAGAAUAAGGUGCGAGUCUUCACAGACCAAGGUCAGGGCCAGCUGAAAGAGGUAAAGAACUUUACUCCCAUAGCCAGUGGCUCCUCCAUCACCUGCUCCUUUGCUUGUGUCUCUCAGGGAUAUUUCUAUGCUGGAAACAGAGAUGGAGAGAUCCAUGCUUGGGGUCUAGACCGGGGUAAUUUCCUCCACAGCUUCCAGGCCCAUUCCUCAUCAGUGAUAUGUGUCCAUAGCCGUCCAGAGACCCACACCUUACUAACUGCAGGCAGUGAAGGUGUGGUAAGGGAAUGGAAUCUUGCUUUUGGGAACUUGCUGCGGCAGCUGAAUAUUGAUGAAGAUCUGCAGCAAUUGCAGUUUAUUGAUAACAACACUUUUUUCUGCCAGACUACCAACACUUUCUUGUUGUACAACCUACCCUGUUUUUAUAGCCUUUUCAAUGUCUGCGGCUCUGCUCUCCAGCAAGUGCAGCGGGUCUGCUGUGGCCGUAAUUGGACUCGGAUUGUAUGUGCCACGAAGGAUGGUUUGGUGCGCUUCUUGUCUCCAGUAACAGGACAGCUCCUUGUUAUCACCUGGCCUCUACUUGUCACAGAUAAGGCUUUGGUUUGGGCCUAUGACUCAGACAGAGAGGAACUCUUUGUGGCAACAGACAGUUCAGAAGUUCUGGUGUUUGAUGCAACACGCUCUCCUUGCACAGCCAAGUAUCUUGUGUGUACUUCAGUAACCCGUGGGGAUAGGGUAAGAUGCCUCACCUAUGCGCAGUCCCAUUUGCGUAAGGGCCUAGUAGGAUUGAUGUUCUGUGGACAUGAAAGUGGCAUUGUGAGAAUUCUCUCCUAUUAUAGUUGUGCCCGGAUAGAGAAGACUGUUCACUCUGGGGCAGUAUUAGCAUUGUCAACCCUGGAAGGACCCCAGAAAAAACCCUUGCUUUGUUCCUAUGGCAUGGAUAACACUAUUCAGCUGACAGAAUCUGUACUUCAGGAAAACAAGGUAAUUCUACAGCCUGUCAGCAAAAUUCUCUGUAGUUGUCCCCUAAAACAUGUAAUACUCUUGCCAGGUUCUGUGGGUGCCAUCACUGAGAACCACUGCUGGUGCCUCUGGCACUAUGAAGAUUUUGUGACAUCUUCAGAAUCAAAACAAAGCUCUAUGUCUAAAGAGACAAAAUGCCUGCACCAGUGUGCUAUUACUUCAUUCGAUGUCUGCCUUUCCCUGAAACUUUUUGUCACAGGGGGCAUUGAUGGUUCAGUUCGAAUCUGGGACUUCCAUGGCAGACUCAUAACUAAGUUGGACUCGGCAUUGCAUUUUGGCCCACUGUGCUUUGCUAAUAAUCGGGGUGAUCUGCUUUUGGCUUUCAAUCAGAGUCUUUAUCUGGUCUCCUGUUUAAAAUUGCUCCCUCCAGCUCAGCUUAUUCACCUAGCUGUCCUAAACAAUGCAGAUGAAAUACAGGAAGUCCCUAAACCCUUCCUGCCUAGCUUUUUCUUUUCAUUUGAAGUAGUAUUUAUACCCAAGUUUGUCUACCUUGGACAAGGGCUGCAGGAAUUGCAAGGGCUUGAGGCCCUUGUUAACAAACGGGCCAUUGCCUUUGACAAUACUGUGCCCCAUGUUGUAGAGGAAGAGAGACAUAUGUCUUCUGUGAUCCAAAAAGAACCCAAAGUACAUUUUUUGGAGGAUAAGGACGUUGAUUUUUCUACUCUUCACUCCAAGCAAAAUCGUCCCCCAUUUUCAGUUCCUGCUCAGUUACGGCUGGCUGGAUGGGAUGGAUUGAACCCCUACCACAUAUUACGGUGCUUCUUUGGUAAAGGGCGGCAAUGGCCCUUUGCUCCUGAUGGCUAUAUUCCCAACUCAGUGGUCCGUGCCCGCCUUUGGCCUGAGGGUACCCCAAUCUUCCUACUCUGUGAUCUGUACCCACCCUACAGAAAUAAGGACUGGGACGGGAUUGAACUUUUCAGAUGCCAGGCAUGGUCACCUAUGACUCUAGUAAAAGAGAAAAUCUCAAGUAGUAAACAGGAUAAAUCCAAGAAGAGAAAACAGAGUUUAUUUGAUGUUCUUGUAAGCAUGCCAAACUUAAAUUGGAUAGGAAGAAAAUUUGAUGAAGGACUUAUAAAUAAUUUCAUUGAGACCACCCUCAACCACACAAUUUACUGUUCUGUAGAGCAAUACGAGACAUAUACUAGUAUCCUGGCACAAAUUUUUGCCACUUAUCAAGUAUCUUCAAGUCUGUACUCUGAGACUGCCUGUCGCCUCCUGGAAGAUACAACCCAUCCCAAUCCACGGAUCCGCGAGCUAGCCUGGGAGGGUCUAGAGAGGUUAGGCUUCAUGAGCCCUCUCUUUGCUAUUCCACUGGCUAUGGGAUUGAUGGACAGCAAUGAAAAUGUGAGGGCUAAGGCCUUACAACUUAUGAUAAGAGCCACAGGCAUCCAAACUAAGACCAUGCUGGUAAACCUGCUGAAGAAACGAGAAACUUUCCAGGACAUGCAGCAGGAAUUUAUUGGAGAAACCUCUCUGGACCAGCUUCUGGGGAUUCAAGCUAGAGAUAUCCGGUACCUACUUAGUCAGGUGGAGCAGCAACUGAAUGAAAAUCUGAUGUUGUCACUUGAAAAGGACCUGAAAGUUUCCAGGAAGCAGAAACAGACAGAAUUGGUAAAGUCUAGCUCUGUGCUGGUGCCUUCAAAGGAUGAAGGUGAACAAACAGAGGCUAUGAGACCAGAGCAAAUUGAUACCCAGGAUGCUGCCAUAGAGCCAGAGCUGCCAUUAAGAGCUUUCAGCCCAGUCAAAUCCCAAGAGGAUGCUGAAUCAAAGGAGAUUACAUUGGACAUUAUGGAAGCUAUGGGAGCCAUAGAAGUCAUGGAAGCCACAGAAGCCACGGGUGUCAGAGAGGCAAUGGAGGCCACAGUGGUCGUGGAGGCCAUGGAUCAACCUCGCGUGAAAGAUUAUGAAGAGAUGACUCCUAAGCCGGAAAGACAAAAACACAUGAAAAGGCUUUGGAAAAGGGCAAUGAAAAAAAGCCGUGAUAAAGCAGAUGUGAAGUUGAAAGAGAAAAAAGAUUUGAAAGGUAUUUCAGAGAUAACUGCAGAAGAACCCAAGGAAGAAGUCAUAGAGAUAACUGUACAAGAAAAUGAUACAGAAAAGAAACUUGAAAAGAGUGGCCGUGGUUUGGCUGGGACCCCUGGACGCAUAGGUAGAUCAGACACCAGGUGUUGGCGGGAUGACAUUUGCUCUCUUGCCACCUCAAGAAUAGCAAGUUCCCAUCCAGGAAUGGUCAGGGAUCUAAGUCAAGAAUUGGUGGAUUUGGCUCAGGCAGUGCUUGCUCCCCGACAGCCCAGCUGGAAUAUCUUCCAAGAGAUUUGUCCCCUUUUAAAGAGCUCAUCAGAAUUGCAUCACAAAGUGGUGGAAGAACAACCUAUUAUAACAGAAAAAGUGGUUGAAGAGGUUGUCAAGGAAGAAGGAACAAUAGAACCAAGAGAACAAGGAGGCAAAAAAGUAGUAAAGAAGGGCAAGGCAUUUUCUCAAGUCAAGAAAAAGAAGAUUGCUUUCUUAAAAGAUCACCUCGUCUUGGAGAAAAGUAAAUUUGAAAAAGAAGUAAGGAAACUGGACAGGCAAGAUGGGAAAAUAGCUGAGGAAGAAAAGAAACUGAGUAAGCCAGAGAAGAAAUUCAUGCAGGAAAAGGAGAAAUUCACCAAAGAUAAGGAGAAGCUGACCCAUGAAAAAGAAAAAAUAGCUUUGGAAGAAGAAACACUGGCUUCUUCACAAAAGAAAUUAACCAGGGAAGAACAGAAGUUAGUGCUAGGAGAAAAGAAACAGACUGGAAAAAUAGGGAAACUACUAGGGGCAAGAAAGAAUGUGACCUGGAAAAAGGGGGAAGCAACACCAGGAAGGAAGAAGUGGGAUUGGGAGGAGAAUGUGCUGGCUCAGGAAGAAGGCGUGUGGACCCAGGAAGAGAGGUUACUUAUCUGGGAAGAGAGGAAGUUGUCCCAGGAAGAGGAGAAGGCAGAUGAGGGAGAGGAGGAGCCAAGUGUGUAUAAGAAGCUAGGUGAGGAAGAGAAGCCAGGUGAGGAAGGGGAGGAGGAGCUGAUCAAGGGUGAGGAAGAGCUGGAUGAGGAAGAGAAGCCAGGUGAGGAAGAGGAGGAGGAGCUGAUCAAGGGUGAGGAGGAGCUGGACGAGGAAGAGAAACCAGGUGAGGAAGAGGAGGAGGAGCUGAUCAAGGGUGAGGAGGAGCUGGACGAGGAAGAGAAGCCAGGUGAGGAAGAGGAGGAGGAGCUGAUCAAGGGUGAGGAGGAGCUGGGUGAAGAGGAGAAGCAAGGUGCAGGUGAGGGGGAGGAGGAGCUGGCCUGGAACGAGGAGCAACUAAUCCUGUACCUAGAGAAACAAGCUGAGGAAAGAAAGAAAAAGCACCACAAAAAGAAGAAACACAUCCUGGGUGUAAAGAAACAUGUUAAGGAAGAGGCCUGGAAGAAGGGAAAAUCGGCCCAGAAAGAGGAACAUUUGUUUAGUAAAGAGGAAGGGCUUUCUGGGGAAUUGGGAGAAUGGACAUUAAGAAAGGAAAGUUUGGAAGAGCAAGAGAUUCCAUUGACACAAGAAAAAAAGGAGUGGUUUGUAAAGGAGAUAAAAGAGAAAGAAGAAUGGACUUGGGAAAAAGAGAAAUUGUCCCUAGAAGAGGAAGAACAAGUUGAUGAAAAGGAGAAAAAAUCCCAGGAAGAAGAGGAAAGGGAAUUGGAGAAAAGACUUACCAAGAAAGACAGUAAACUGGCUAAGGAAGAGAGACAUAUUUCUAAGAAAGAAAAGGAAAAACCCAGGGAGGGAACUGGCAUAACUAAGAGAAAGAAAGAAAUAACCCAAGAAGAGAAAAAACUUAUGAAAAAAGAAGCUAAAUUGUCCCAGGAAGAGAGGCAAUUGACAUAUGACAGGACCAAGGAGACGGGUGUUGCCAAGAGAAAAAAGGAAAGAACCAAAGAGGAAAGAACAGAGGCAACAAGGAAACUGGUUAUGGAAAGGAAGGUUAGUUCUGCAGGAAAAGAAGCUAGUUUCAAGGGAAAAGAUUUAAGGAAGAAUGAGAGUCACUUGUUGAGGCUCCUGGCUAAAACUAUUAGAGAAAUUAGUACAGUGCCAUUGGGAGAAAUAAAAAUACCUGAGGAAGAGAGAUCAUCCAUUGUGGGAAGGAGUGAAAUUGAUGGGCAGAGAUGGGAAAGUCUUAGGGAACAGGAGGAAAUAACCGAAGAAGAGAAGGAGCUGGAUCAGAAAGAGAGAACAGUAGAAGGUAAUAGACUGCCCACAAAAGAGAGGACAUUGACUGAUGAAGACAGCUUGGAGGAGGACCGAAAGCUAUUAAACAGAGCCCAGGAAACAGUAUCAUUAGAUAAAAUUCAAGUAGAGAGUAUAUUAAAGGAGAUCCAGAAGCAAAAUAUAUUAGGAAAAAGACAGCUAAAGAAACUUCAGAAGAAAAUUAAGAAUAAGCCAGAAAAGAUCCCAGAGGAGACCCUGGAGGAGGGGAAGGAGAGCGUGAUUAAGGAGGAGAAGGAGAGCCUGGAGGAAGAGGAGGAGAAGGAGGAGGAGGAGGAAAGCCUGGAGGAGGAGGAGGAGAACCUGGAGGAGGAGGAGGAGAACCUGGAGGAGGAGGAGGAGGAGGAGAGCCUGGAGGAAGAGGAGAGCCUGGAGGAGGAGGAGGAGAAGGAGGAGGAGGAGGAAAGCCUGGAGGAGGAGGAGGAGGAGGAGAGCCUGGAAGAGGAGGAGGAGGAGGAGGAAAGCCUGGAAGAGGAGGAGGAGGAGGAGGAAAGCCUGGAAGAGGAGGAGGAGGAGAGCCUGGAGGAGGAGAAAGAGAGCCUGAGCGAGGAGGAGAGCUCAAGUGAAAAGGAAGAGGAAGAAAUAGAGAAGGUUGAG